CUGAUCUGUCAAAGUUUGUCCCAGUCGGCCGAGCAAAAUUAUCUUAUCAGAAAACAAAAUACGAUCUAACCUCAAAUGUCAUUAAUUAAUGUAUUUAUCAAAAAAGUUAAUUAACAAAAGAAUAAAAUGUAAUUAUAGUUGUAUGAAUGCAAUUUUUAUCAUCUGACAGGGUGUAUGAGUAUUCGUUACUAUGUAAUUCGAAUCUUUUAAAUGUAAUGAGCUCUUUGAUAUUGGGGCCCAAGAUGGCAAGACAGGAUUCGUUGUGCAAUCAGUCCCUUUUGGAAGCUGGCGACAGGCCUUUGGAAAGACCGCUUGGUGAACCGGGAGAUGUGAAGACUCAAUUUGUCACUAGAGAGGGUACAUACCGACUCAUGACUCUUAGUGAAUAUUCCAGGCCAAACAGAGUAAAUUAUCAGCCCCAAGGACAAACUCCACCUCAAGUUAAAGUGUCUCUAGUUACCCUGCCAGAUCAAAGUGAAAGAAUAUGUUUUAAUCAUGCCAGGGAACUGUAUGUGUAUGUGUACAAAGGUAUCAAGAAAGCAGCUGAUUUAAGUAAACCUUUAGAAAAAAGAAUGUACAAAGGUACUAAUCCGACUUGUCAUGAUUUUAAUAGCCAUUCUGCAACUGUCGAUGCUGUAAAUUUGUUGAUUGGAUUUAGUACAGGACAAAUUCAGCUAAUAGAUCCAAUUAAGAAGGAAUUAACUAAACUUUUUAAUGAAGAACGGUUGAUAGACAAGAGUAGAGUGACGUGUUUAAGGUGGGUCCCUGGUAGUAAAUCAUUGUUUCUUGCUGCCCAUGCCUCAGGACAAUUUUAUGUUUAUAAUGAGGAACUACCAUGUGGAUCAGCGGCCCCACAUUAUCAACCUUUUAAGUCUGGAGAAGGUUUCACAGUGAACACAUGUAAAACCAAAUCUACUAGAAAUCCAUUAUUCAGGUGGCUACUGGGAACAGGAGCUGCAAUAAAUGAUUUAGCUUUUAGCCCUGUUGGCUCUCAAUUGGCUGUAGUCUCUCAGGAUGGACUAUUAAGAGUGUUUCAGUAUGAUAGUAUGGAGUUAUUAGGAACUGCUAGAUCGUAUUUUGGUGGAUUGUUAUGUGUUGCAUGGUCAGGGGAUGGGCAACUUGUGGCUGUGGGUGGUGAAGAUGACUUAGUGACUGUGUACUCCAUGGAACAAAAACGAGUGGUGGCCAGGGCACAAGGACAUCGGUCAUGGGUAUCUGCAGUAGCUUUUGACUGGUUUUUGGAAGCUGAAUCUUGUUAUAGAAUAGGAUCUGUUGGACAUGAUACUCAAAUUUGUUUGUGGGAGUUGCCUGAAGACAACUUGGCACCUCCGAGACCCAGAGUGAAAAGAAGACCAGACCCAUUGCAAUUGGUAGGAACGCCUGCAUGUCCCAGACUUGAUGAAUGUCCUAUUUUGGAGCCUUUGGUGUGUAAAAAAAUUGCUCAUGAACGUUUGACCGCGAUAGAUUUCAGACCUGAUUGUAUUAUAACAGCAUGUCAGGAUGGGUAUGUUUAUACUUGGGCGAGGCCCCCCUCAUAAUACUAAAUUCAUAUUUUUGUAAAUUACUAAAGUACUUUUUGUAAUCUAUUUUUUGUACAAGUGAUAGUUUAUGUAUAUAUUGUAUUCUAAAGUAUCUGCAUGAUGUAGAUAAUAUUUUAAAUUAUUUUCAUUAUUGUAUGUAUAUUCUGGUAAUGUACGAAUAAAUCAUAUCUAAAUUAUUAA